AUGUACGCCGGACACUGUAGGCCGAUGCAAGCACUUCAGAUCAUGUCAAAAUCCCCUGGAGGGGCAGCAGCACACGCGACCAUCACCCCUCAUGAUCAGCGUGAUGAUGGGAGAACCGGGGGACAAGAAUUGGCGGGAAUCUCCAUAAUAACCCGAGUGUCCGUCAGUCACAGUCAGUCACUCUCUCCGUUCCCGAUCGAAGGCGAUGAUGUCUGGAGACGGGAGAAGUGUUACAAUCCUCUUGAGGGAAUCAUGAGUAGGCUGGAAGAAGGCAUCGUGCUGCUACGAACUUCAGCUUUGGUGAUCUGGGCAACGGCUAGUGGUCAGUAA